AUGGCUACUGGUCGUCUAAAAUAUGAAACGAACUAUCAUCAUAUAACUGAACCUUUAAAACAGAUCUAUUAUGAACAACACCGUUCACAUUCGAAUGAUGAUUUAUUAGUCAAGUUGGAAAGCGGAGGAACAAAUGGAAGUACUCGUCCUCGAACACGUAAUCACAACUGGUCUAGUUUAGGUAGUUUGAAUAGCUUCGGUGAUUCGACCGUCACUCCUCCUUCAUCACAAGAACAUACGGGUAGCAAUGGAAAUGCUCAACAACGUGAAACAUUACACAGUCGAUUUGAUUUUAAGCAAACACUAGGCAAAGGCACAUAUGGCAAAGUCAAAUUGGCUUUAGACAAACGUAAGAAUGAACAAGUAGCAAUAAAAACGAUAAAGAAAUCACGUAUUGAAAAUCCACAUGACUUGGCAAGAAUUCGACGAGAAAUUGAUUUUAUGACUAGUCUAAAUCAUCCAUAUAUUAUCAAAGUGAAAGAAGUUUAUGAAAGUCGAGAGAAGAUUAUUCUUGUGAUGGAAUAUGCCAGUGGUGGUGAACUGUACGAUUAUUUGAAUCGUAUGAAACGUAUACCAGAAUCUCAGGCACGAGCGAUUUUUCGACAAAUCGUUUCCGCUGUUCAUUUUCUUCAUAAAAAUCAAAUUGUUCACAGGGAUCUUAAAUUAGAAAAUAUUCUUAUUGAUCACAAGGGUGAUAUCAAAUUGGCAGAUUUUGGUUUGAGCAAUAGUUGGUCACCACGUCGACUAUUACAUACAUUUUGUGGUUCGCCAUUAUAUGCCUCGCCUGAAAUCGUCUCCGGUAUUCCAUACUACGGCCCUGAAGUCGAUUGUUGGUCAUUAGGCGUGCUACUGUACACGCUUGUCUACGGUUCAAUGCCAUUUCAAGGCGGUGAUUAUAAUCGUUUAGUACGAAAUAUAACAGCUGGAGAUUUCAUUCAACCGCGUGAACAAUCAGGCGCUCUUACAUUAAUACGUGCAUGUUUGACCGUUUUACCGUCGAAACGUUUGACUGUUGACGAUAUUGCUGUACAUUGGUGGGUCAAUUUGGGUUAUAAACAUCCACCUGUCUAUCAGCCUCGUCAUUCCUCAACACAGAAAAACGGUAAUACAACGAUAGCCAAUACAACAGGAUGGACAUUGAAUGGAACAAGCAAGCCAGCAGUAUACAUGAUCGAAAGUAAAUCGAAAGGAAAUUCCACAGGUACUCCUUUGGCAAAUCCACCUCCUUCCAUUGGUCGUCCUUCAGUUAUUGCAUUGCCAUCAAUUAUACACAACGGACACUUAGUAGAUGUGGAGAUGAAGUCGAGAACAAAUACAAAUGGAUAUUCUCAAAUGAUCUUUUCAAAUCGUUCCGAUGAUCAUACGAUAACAAAUAGUAAUAAUAAAACUGAACCGAUAUUAAAGUCGCACCAAUCAGGUCGACGAACAUCGACCGAUAAACAUAAAACUAAUACAAUCGCAGCAAAGCAUUCGCAACCCCGUACAAUGGCUUAUUAA